AUGGUCAUCAGCGACGCCGGGGUCAUAGCCGGCGUGUGCCUACUGGUGGCUGCGGCCGGCUGGGGUCCGCCCGUUACCGAAGGGGCCCCCCAGGAAGCCUUCUUCGCGGAUCUAUUCCAGGGCAGGCAGUAUGGUGACUACCAGAACAACUAUGCUUCCUACCAAUCCGACCAGGCAGUAGCUCAGGCGCAAGAAGAGGAAAAUGACAAGCCUGACGUGCCUAGAGCGGUCAAGAAAUGGCCUGUUCAAGAUCUCCAUCUGGGACAGGUGUCCGGAGUUUCGGUCAACUCCGCUUUGCAGCCUGUAGUCUUCCACAGGGCCGACAGGGUUUGGGACAGAGAUACAUUCAAUGAGUCCAACCACUACCAGUUUGCCCAUUUAGGACCCAUCAAAGAACACACUGUCCUCACCUUGGAUCCUUUAACUGGCAAAGUUUUGGGAAAAUGGGGAGCAGACCUGUUUUACAUGCCUCACGGUUUGACCGUUGAUAGGCAUGACAACCUAUGGGUGACUGAUGUAGCCCUUCACCAGGCCUUCAAGUUCAAGCCCGGAGAACUGCAGCCCACCCUAACAUUCGGGCACAGGUUCCAACCGGGCUCUGAUCCCAAACACCUGUGCAUGCCUACAUCAGUGGCGGUCGCGACAACUGGAGAGAUCUUCAUUGCUGACGGUUACUGUAACAGCAGGAUUUUGAAGUACAAUGCUGCUGGAGGGUUGCUGAGAGUUAUUCCUAGUCCUCCAGAAUUUCUGUCUCUUCAAAUACCGCAUGCGUUGGCUCUAAUGGAAUCUAUGGACAGACUGUGCGUGGCAGAUAGGGAGAACCGCAGGGUGACCUGUCCUAGGGCAGGGUUAUACAGUAUCCAGGGUAAAAAGGAGCCAGCCCUCACCAUUCAACAGCCAGAUAUGGGACGCGUAUUUGGUGUAGCAGCCAAAGGUAAACUGGUGUAUGCCGUAAACGGCCCUACGUCGACCCUUUGGCCAGUUCAGGGUCUCACAAUAGAUCCUAUUAGAGAAGCAGUGAUUGAUCACUGGGCGCCAGAAGAGGUGAGAACCGAUUUUUUCCAAACACCAUAUGGGUUUUGGUAAUCCGCAUGCCAUUGCAGUCUGUCCCAAUGGAUCUGCUUUGUACGUGGCCGAAAUUGGACCCAACAGGGUAUGGAAGUUUGAGUUAGUACCACCAAAAAAAUAAACAAAAGAAAACAAUGUAACUCAUUAUUAGAAACGUGUUAACUUAGUUUAUAUAAUACAUAAUACACAGGCAUAAUACACAGGUAAGAGUAACAAGUGUAAGGUAUAGUUUGUAGGAAUUUAUGUACUGUAACUUGAAUGUCAUUGUCCAACAGUUUGAGCGAUUCGGUUUGAGAUUUUUGUAAUACUGAGGGUUUGAGGAGAGUUGAAAUGCUGGAAAGGUUGCUUUAAGUACUGGACGGUGACACUCAAUAUUGUUAGACGUAAGGUAUCAUAAUUAAAAAAUGUGUCAUUAGUAUUAUGUUAGAUAAACAUGACAACUUGACAUGUGGUGUUUAAUCUUUUCUAUUAUUUAACAAGGUAAUAUUCGAUAGGUAGUGUUACUAUAAGAAAAUAAAGUCUGUCAGAUUCUUAUAUGAGGUUUGCUUAAGCUUCAUAGGUGUUUAAUGUCUUAUGUAGGUUUAAGGUAAUACGUAAGAUUAACAAAUACAGAUUAUGCUACAAAUUAAAAAAAAUACUAUUUGUCCACUUACGCUUAUGGUAUCUAUUUAGCGGCAUGUUAUGUAAGCAUGAGUAAAUGUAUUCAAGCAUAUUUAUAGAUCUAGAUUGGCAUUUAUGUAUAUCGUAGACAAUAAAAACACAAAAACACCAGUAGCUCUUUUUCUCUCUCUUAUAGUAGCGGACAAAAGUUUGGAAACAAUUAUUAACAUUAUUAUGAACU